GAUCCUUCAGCCCGGGGAGAGCAGGACUGGGAGAAGAUUUUAUCUUCAGAGAACAGGGAAGGUAUGGAGACCAUGAAGAAAUUGACUCAAGAACAUGAGGCUAAAGGUUUGUUCUCUAAGGAUACUGACUGGCCCCAAGAGAAGAGGAAGCCCAAAAUACUGGAACCUGUUACAUUUGAGGAUGUCACUGUGGUCUUCACGGAGGCAGAAUGGAAGAGACUGAGCUCUGAGCAGAAGAACUUAUACAAAGACGUGAUGCUGGACAUUUACAGCAAUCUGCUCUCAUUGGCAGAACCAGAGCCAGAACUCUACCCCUGCUCCUCCUGCCUUCUGGCUGUCUCCUGUCAGCAAUUCCUCAGCCAGCACAUGCUUCGGAUCUUUCCAGGCUUCUGUGCACAACAUCACUUCCAUCCAGGGCAUUCCAGCCCAGGGCAUCAGAAGCAGCCAGAGCAGCAGGAUUCUGAUCUCAGCUGCUGGAGGGAAAACACAGAAGGUCACGACAGAGAAGUCUCCAGACCCCUGAGUGGGAGGACAGGGGAGGGAGAGACUUCAAGGGUGUUCUCCAGCCCACCCCAAAGAGAGUCAGCAAGCCCUGGAGAAGGCAACACAGAGGUAGGGAUAGAGCCCAGCUCAGGCCAAGGGGUAGAGUCUGUGGAAAGAGGCAAAGGGUUGAAGGAAUUAGAAAUGUCAAGAUUAGGAGCAGUCAUCUGUAGAGAGGAUGAACCAGACUGUGGCCUGAAGUCAGACUUCACACACCAGAGGUCCCUCUCACAGGAGAAGCCCUAUGUGUGUAGAGAGUGUGGGCGAGGGUUUACCCGGAAAUCAGUCCUCCUCAUGCACCAGAGGACACACACACGGGAGAGGCCUCAUGUGUGCAAGGUGUGCAGGCAAAGCUUUAAUCGGGAAUCGGGCCUUCUAUUACAUGAGAGGACACACUCAGGGGAGAAGCAAUAUGUGUGCAAGGAGUGUUGUCGAGGUUUUAACCACCAGUCAACUCUAAUUAGACACCAGAGAACACACUCGCGUGAGAAACAUUACUUGUGCUUGGAGUGUGGGCGAGGCUUUAGCCGGAAGUCAGGCCUUUUUCUGCACCAGAGGACACACUCAGGGGAGAAACCACAUGUGUGCAAGGAGUGUAAGCGAGGCUUUAGACGAAAGUCAGAUCUCCUUAUACACCAGAAGACACACUCAGGGAAGAAGCCACAUGUGUGCAAGGACUGUGGACAAGGCUUUAACUGGGAGUCAAGCCUCCCUUUACACCAGAGGAUACACACAGGGGAGAAGCCACAUGUGUGCAAGGAGUGUGGGCGAGGCUUUACCCAGAAGUCAGUCCUCCUUAUGCACCAGAGGACACACUCAGGGGAGAAGCCACAUGAGUGCAAGGAGUGUGGGCGAGGCUUUAGCCAUAAGUCAAAUCUCAUCACACACCAGAGGACGCACUCAGGGGAGAAACCUUAUGUGUGCCUGGAGUGUGGGCGGGGCUUUAGCCAGAAGUCAGGCCUCAUUGGACAUCAAUGGAAGCACACAGAUAAGAAGCCUUAUAUUUGCAGUGAGUGUGGCAAAGGCUUUACCCAGAAAUCAAGCCUCCUCAUACACCAGAGGACACACUCAGGAGAGAAGCCUUAUGUUUGCAAUGAGUGUGGGCGAGGCUUUACCCAGAAAUCAGUCCUCCUUAAUCACCAGAGGACACACUCAGGGGAGAAGCCAUAUGUGUGCAAGGAGUGUGGGCGAGGCUUUAGCCACAAGUCAAAUCUCAUCACACACUUGAGGACACAUUCUGGUGAGAAACCUUAUGUGUGCCUGGAGUGUGGAAGAGGCUUUAGCCAGAAGUCAAUCCUCCUUACCCACCAGGGGACACACUCGGGGGAGAAGCCAUAUCUGUGCAAGGAGUGUGGGCGAGGCUUUAACCGGGAGUCAAGCUUCCUUCUCCACCAGAGGACACACUCAGGGUAGAAGCCAUAUGUGUGCAGUGAGUGUAGCCGAGGCUUUAGCCAGGAGCCAGGCCUCACCAGGCAUCGUAAGACACACUCAGACGAGAUGUCUUAUGUUUACAGUUAGUGUGGCCAGUGCUUUAACUGUAAAUCACUGCUCACACAUCCGAGGACCCAGAAGCUCUGUGUGUGCAGGGAGAAGGGGCAAGAAUUGGGGAAAAGGCGCACUUCAUUAUCGAUCAGAGAAAGCCCUUUUCUUUUUUGGGGGGAGAAGCAUGUGGGCAGGGAGAAUGUGAGGUGCUUGUCUUUUACCAGAAGAUACGCAGGGAGAGCUGUGUGGCAGGGUCUGGGUGGGACUUCGUUCUCCUGUCCUUCCACAACUGACUUAAAAGGACAAAAUGUUACCACGACAAACCACAACUUCAGCCACCUCAGAGGGAGUUUCUGGAGAAGCUUCCGGACCACCUGUACGAGGUGGCGGUGUUAGUAGUAACAAAAUAGACUAAUUUUCCGCAUCCUGCAACCAAAUAGAAUAGAAAAUUAGAAUGUUUUAUUUAAUUAAGUAAUCUAAGAAUGGCUGACUUGUUUUAUUUUCAUAUACCAUUUCUUUCUGAUGCUUUGUUGUCUUUCUCUUUGUAAUAAAAUUUUUCUUUAGUAAACCGUAGCUCAGGCUCUGUUACUCACCUGCCUGAAUGGUACAUGGAAAUCAAAUACGCACUUCAAGUUUCUUGAAUGAAUUCAACCCGUAAGAAAAAAUAAGUCCUAAAUAUAUUUAUCGAAGAAU